AUGUCUGGUUUGACAGAAGAACAAAAGCGGAAGAUUGAAGAAAAUCGACGGUUAGCCAAGGAGAAGUUUGAAAAACGACAACAAGAAUUAAAAGCAAGCAAGAAUACAGUAAAGGAAGCUUUAUCAGAUGAACCUGCAGCUAAAAAACCGUUUCAGCCUAAUGUUAAAGGUAAGAAUUUGUUAGAUUUUUUUUGUUUUAGGUAAAACUGGAGGUCGUGAUAGUUUCUUUGAUAUUUUGGAAGAUUUUUCUUGAAGGAUUUGGUGGAUUUUUGUUUUGAAGAGUUUUAUUUGAGUCUUUUGCAUGUUUUAAGUCUAAUUUACGGUUUAUAUCUUGCAGUAGAAGAAGUGAAACAAGAAGAAAAUAAGGUUAAGGUCAGUCCAAUCAAUGGUUAUGUGCCCAAAAUCAAAGUUUCUUUUACCCUGGCUAGUACGAAGGAAAUUCAGGUAACACUUUAUUCUAAUUAGUAUUUUUGUUAUUCAAAAAUUUAUUUUUAGGCAGUUUUCCGGCCGUUUCAUCAGUUAGUAUUAGAAGUGUUUAAAACAGUGCCUACAACAAGGUAUAUCAGGGAAAAAUCUAGUUGGCGUGUGGAAAUUGGGCGAUAUGAUAUGUUGAUUGAUAAGCUACGACAAUUGAAAGAGCUGAAGAUGGAAUUUGACUUGAUUCCACCGCAUAUUCGGCAGGUAUGGUUAAUAUUGUGUUAUUCAUAACAUCAAGGUAAUAUUUUUGGUUUUUCUGUUUGGAAAUUGUGUUUUUAUUCUAAUUUUUAGGAUUUUAAUGUUAGGCAUAGUGUUAUUUUAUUAAUGAAAAUGGUUUAGAUAUUUUAUCAUGAUUUUCGAAACACAGUACCGACUAAAAGCCAACCAGACUUGUCGAAAAUCGACUCGUCUUUAAUGAGUGUGCUAUUUCCAUAUCAAAAAACUGGUGUUGUGUAAGUUUUUUAUUGUUGUUUUUUUUUUGUUUUAGGCACAAAAGUUUAUGAAAAUGAAGUUCUUGGACGUUUAUAAGCUUUCUAUGGCCGAAUUCGUAUCUUUUAAUACAUUUUAUGGCGGUAUUUAUGAUAAUUUAAGUUAAUAAAAACAUGGUUUUACAUCUAAAAUUUUAGGUAUGGUUUAGAAAAACAAGGACGAUUACUGAUAGCCGAUGAAAUGGGUUUGGGGAAGACGUUACAGGCUUUGGCAAUAGCUAGGUAUUAUGCUAAUGAAUGGCCAUUACUUAUCGUAUGCCCUUCAUCUGUAAAGUAUUCAUGGAGGCAGGUGGGUGAAAGAAAUGUUAUUCCUAUGAUUUUGAGUAUCUAUUUGUCUAUUGAAUUUUUAGUUUUUGGCAUUUUAAAAUAAAUUUUAAAAAUGUUGCACAGUGCAAAGCGAAAUGUUUAUAUCGACCUUUUGUGAAAUUUUUUAAAAUCACGUAAGUAUAAUAGGAAAAAGAAGGGUUAUAAACUAAUUAUUUUUAUUUUAGACGAUUGAAAACUUUCUACCAGCAGUAAAUGAGGUACAUGUGAUAGAGAAGGGCUCAGAUCCCAUACCCGUUACAAGGUCAACAAGAACAGCGAUUAUAAUGUCAUACGAUCAAAUGGCUAUAAGAUACAAGAAGCUAGUGGAGCACAAGCUUUAUGUUGUUAUAUUCGAUGAAUCUCACAUGUUAAAGGUACGUUUUUGGGUGUUUUUACUGAUUUUUCUAAAUUUUAGGUAACAAAAUGAGGUAAAAUUAGGGUUUUGAAGACAAAAGGGGGAAGGUAUUGAUAGUUUAGGUAAUAAGAUUUGAAGAUAUGAGAUUUUGGGUAACAAUUUUGAGCUAAGAAGGCUAAAAAAUAGUAGUUUAAGUAACAAAAAUGUUAAUUUAGGUAACAAAAGGUAUAAAAGUUACCUAAAAUAACCUCUUUAAAACAUUUAAAUGCUAUCACUGCCUAAACUAUCAUGAUUUCAGGACCAAAAAGCCAAGAGAACUAAAGCGGCCCUAGAGCUGGCCAGAACUUGUCAACGCCGCAUCCUACUGAGUGGAACACCAGCCCUAAGUCGACCAGUCGAAUUGUACAGUCAAAUGAGGAUAAUCGACUUCAAGCUGUUCCCCAAGUUUAAAGACUUUGCCGAACGAUAUUGUGAUGGGAAGCAAGGUAAAUACUGUUACGAAGCCAGAGGAGCCACGAAUCUGGAAGAGCUGGGAGCGAUUCUGGAGAAAUCAGUCAUGAUUAGGUGGGUUAUAUCUUAGUCUCUGCCAUAGCUUCUACUCUAGUUUAAUUUGCUCAAUGUGCUCUAUCUUUUAAGUUUUUCUUUAGUCUGAUCAGUUUUUAAUAAAAAUAUUUAUAGACGUCUAAAAAAGAAUGUCCUAAAAGACCUCCCAGCCAAGUGUCGUCAAUGCCUGUGGCUCACGGGAUCAGCCAUAUCAUCCAAGAUGAAUAACUUGAAAAAGGCACGAGAAGCUUGUGAGAAGGCCAAUAAAACCCAGGACAAAACACUACAACAAAAGACAUUAAUGGAGUAUUACGUAGAGACUGGCAUAGUAAAGGCUCCAGUCAUCUCCGACUACAUUGCCGAUACCUACUUCUACGAUGAUGCACCGCCAGUCAAGUUGUUGAUCUUUGCUCAUCAUCAAAUUGUCUUGGAUACUGUGACUGCUACUUUGAUGGGGAGGGUAAGGGUUUUUUUUGAGUUUAGGGGGGGAUGUUCUUGGUAUUAAGGUAGUUGCUGAAGGUAUUAAUUUUUUGAUGCAAAAAUAAUGGCGUAUCUUAGAAUUUGAUCCAAAAAACAUAAGUAUUUUGACGUUGUUGCGAAAAGAAUGGCAUAUUUUAUUCUUGAUGCAAAAAGAAUGGCGUAUUUUAUGUCUUGAUUCAAAAAUAAUGGCAUGUUCUGACUUUGAUGCAAAAUGAAUGGCGUAUUUUGAAAAAAGUCAUUAUAAAUUGAAUUUUUCAGAAAAUAAAGUACAUUCGAAUCGACGGCCACACAAAAUCCACCGAACGUGAAGUUUUAUGCAAAAAGUUCCAAGAAGAUCCAGAAACAUCAGCUGCUAUAUUAUCCAUCACAGCAGCUGGAGUGGGAAUCACACUAACAGCAGCGAACAAGGUUGUGUUUGCUGAGUUACAUUGGAAUCCUGGAGUAAGUUAAAAUACGUUUUAAUUGAUAAGGAUUUAUUAUAUAAAGCAGUUAUUAGACAGUUCAAAUAAUUUUGUGCCCCUUUUUAAAGUAAAUGUUCUGGGUUAGGGGAUCAGAAUUAUUUGAACUGUUUUAGGUAUUAGGAUGUUUAAUUAAUUCUGUGCCCUCUUUCAAAGUAAAUUUGCGGGAUGAGGGGGCACAUAAUUAUAUGAACAAUCUAAUAUUUUUAAAAGCAAUCUUGUUUUAGAUAAAACUUCAACCUCAUUUUAGGCCCUAAUCCAAGCCGAAGACCGUGCCCAUCGUGUAGGCCAACAAGACUCGGUCUUUGUCCAAUACAUCUUGGCCAGAGGCUCGGCCGACGAAACAAUUUGGCCAAUGAUCGAAAGCAAACUCAACGUUCUACAAGGUGUGAAUCUAAACCAAGAGAACUUUGGUGAUAUGAAGAGCUCGAAGAUGUUUGUGGACAAGGAAAAGGCCAGAAUCGACGAAUAUUUCGAAAAAGAUGACAAAAAAGAGAAGAGUCACAAUGAAAGUGAUAGUUUGGAUGCGUCGUUGAUUGUAUUGGAUGAUGAUUAG